AUGGCCGUUCACUCCGAAUCGCCAUCUAGUAUUCGAGAGGCACGCGAGACUGAUGCUCUAUUGCAUCAUCGCUCAGAAUCAAUCGCGUCAAACAGUGUAGACAAUGCGCGCUCCGGAGGCAAGGCGGCGAGAUCCGCACGUCAGCGAUUCUCCGUCUUCGUACUUUGCAUCUUAUUCCUGACUACCGGCGAUUUUGGCAUUUCUCUGGUAACAAUACCUCAGACAAGACUCUAUGAAAGCAUUGCCUGCUACCAAUACUAUGAAUCCCAGGAUCCCAGCCGAAUUGGUCCCGACGGGAGUGUACCGGAGAGACUGUGCAAGAUUGCACCGGUGCAAGGCGAAGUCGCCUUUAUCCGGGGAUAUGAAGCGCUGUUUACGGCCAUUCCUGGUGUCGCACUAGCCAUUCCCUACGGCUUGCUGGCCGAUCGAUGGGGUCGCAAGCCUGUUGUGUUGAUGAGUAUAAUUGGAAUAUUACUGUCGAUGGCUUUCACGCUCGCCGUCUGCGGAUUGCAGAAGAUAUUUCCUUUGCGUCUUGUCUGGCUAGCACCCAUCUUCACCGUCCUGGGCGGCGGCGUGCCAGUGCUGUUCUCAAUGAUCUUGACCAUGAUCGCAGAUAUAAUGCCAGAGAAUGACAGAGCCACCGCCUUCUUCCAACUCAUGACUGGCCAAUACAUCGCUCAAAUCACGGCAACCCCCAUCGCGUCGGGCUUAAUGGAGACUCACGGGCCGUGGCUACCUAUCCAAUUAGGAUAUAUCUGUGCCUUCAUGGCAUUCCUGAUUGCAUGCCUUCUGAAAGAGACUGCACCACCACAUAGAGCUGUCAGGAACGCGGCAGAGAUCGGAUCCGCAACCACAGGGAGCGAGACAAGCGUACAAAAUCUAAUGGAAAUUAAGUCGGUCGCCGAAUUUCGGGUGCAUAUCACGUCUCUUUGGCACCGCGCAACCACGAUUCUGCGCCAAGACUUCAGAGUCAUCGUGCUCAUCCUGACCUUCUUCAUCAACGCCGUCGAAGAGCCGACCCAGAGCCUCAAUCUUCAGUACAUCUCGGAGCGAUAUGGCUUGAGCCUCGCGCGCGCCGGAUUCGUUAUCUCCAUCAAGUCGGUCGCCACUAUCAUCACAUAUCUGAUUCUGUUACCGGCGGUCUCCCGGCUGCUAGAACAGAAGUUGGGCCUGUCAGACACGCGCAAGGAUAUGGUCCUCGCCCGGGGCAGCAUUGUAAUCCUGUCUGUGGGAUUUUUUCUCGUGGCAUGGGCGCCGACAGUGGCCAUGGUCACGAUGGGCUUUGUUGUCUCAACCUUUGGGCGGGGCUACGGCAAUAUCAUCCGCUCGCUCGUCACCUCUUUGGUGCCUCCUCAAUUCACUGGACGCAUAUACACGAUGAUCACCGUCAUCGAGACGUUCGGACUGCUCCUAUCAGGGCCGCUGCUGGCCACUCUGUUUCGGGUGGGACUAAAUCAGAGCGAUGAGCGGUGGCUGGGCCUCCCGUUUGUUGUGGCUGGGGGAAUGGGGGUCGUCGUGGCUAUCACGAUUUCGUGUAUCAAGUUGCCCACACAUGUGCAAGUGUCAGAAUCCGAAGAGAGAGAGGAUAACUCAAUUGUUGCCCAUUAA